AUGGCAGAGUUUACCAAUGCUUUACGGAAGUACAAUAAUUCCUUCUUCCGGAUCCAUCCGUCCUCCAUCCCAGCAAUAGUCUGCGUUUUCAUAGGUGGAAGCCGACUGUACGCUCAGGCACAGCUUCAGAGUGAUUUUGACGGUAUCAUAGUUCUCAACUCAAAGCACGAAAUAUACACGCUCGUUGCCGAUAAACGAAACCGUCAAUGCCUCUGGAACCUGAUUGGUGUGGAAACCGAAGACAAAGUCGAUCUCUGCAUCCCCUCGCCAUCUUCGCCCCUAUAUAAUGAGUUUGACGCCAUUCGACUAUCAGGGCUUGACGAAAAUAAUAUUAAGAGGACAAUCACACUCCUAAGUUUGGAAUAUUUUACUCACCGCAAGAGUUCUCUUAAUAUUCUAUCUGGCGAAGACCAACGUGUAUACACUGAUAUCUCGGGAUCAGCACAGCUAUGUCAGGCGACGACCCUUGAAAAUGCCGUUAUCUUACACGAUCAAUGGCUUUAUGCAUCGGAAACAGUGGUCAGAUUCGGUAUCACCACAGACCUACUCUUGUCGGCUGCUUGUGUUUACGGCGAGCGACCUUACGGCCAAGGCAUCAAAUGCAUCCUUGCGAAGCAUUACACUUCCGUGGCAGAGGCUUCUCCACGUGCCAAACUGUUUGCUAAGUCACCCUUCUUCGUUCCUUCGUAUACGAAAUGGCUUGAUCAAGAGCUGGCUGGAAUCCUUCCUACGAACUUCACUCCGAGCUUCAACCGUAUCGAAGUAAGAUGUGAUCACGCAUUAUUGUUUGGUGACACAGCUCAGACACGUGCUAAUGUUGGCCUGUGUGAUUCUACACGGGCUACUCAACUCUCUUUGGAGGCCGUGAGGUUGUUCAACAAAGGGGAAUUUUCCCGGCGAGAUGGUCACCAGCCUCAGUUUUCGAACAAUUCAUCAUCUUACAUCGCCAGAACGAAAUCCAUCGACACUACCUUUGAUAUAUUUGUGAAGCAAACCCCAUUUGCGCAAGAUGAACUAAGAGGGGCAGUGAUCGGGGCAGAAUACUUCCCACGCAUGUCGAUUCCCUGGAUGGUAAGCUCAGGUGAGCUCCUGUAUCGAUUCUUUCCGGGGAGAACGGCGUCAGAUGUAAGGCUAUCAUAUAUUCGCGGGGAGCGAAAAGAUAGCUUUCUGUUGGAAAAGUUGCUAUACACUGAGCUCGUAAAGGCUGGAGAUACGCUUCGCGCGUAUAGAAGCUCCUUAUCUCUCGAAAGGAACUCUUCUGCGCAUCGCUGCAAUAUCCAGCGAUUUUUCCACGAUCGGUUGCUGGAAAAUCGACGUGUUCAAGCGCACUACGGGCAUGGCAUAUCUUUAGGAGGGCAAACAAUCUCACUCGACAGACUACUGUCGUUACGCUGGCUGAUAAACGGUACAUCCUACCCUUCUUUGUACCAAGCCUACAAAGAGGCGAGUGACAUUAUCUCUCCUACGUCAGCACAGAUCCUUUCUUGUCCGACUGUUUUCGGAUUAGGAGACGCCCAUGGUGGAAAUGUAAUGAUCGACGAGUCGAGUGCCAAGGGUGGUGGCACGAGCGAUAUCCUCUUCAUCGAUUACGAAGUAGCGGGCUUUCACCCCGUAAUGCUCGAUCUGGCGAAGCCACUCUACAAUGAUCUUUUCUACGAGAUGCUCUACCGACGGCUUACACCGAGUUGCAUUAGUCUGGGCUUGAAAUAUACCCUGGAUAUGGAAACCAACACAGUCAUCCUUGAUAUGAAGCCUCAGAUCGACAACUUGACACAAGCAUUGCUCGAUAUCAAGCUGCGGUACCUAAUAAAGCCGCUCUGCGACGAACUUCGAUUCCUAGGGGCGAAUCUAGAAGACCAUGUCCCGCUCCUCUCGACCUCGCUGUUCCUAUGCGCGACGUUAGGAUUAAGUCUCGCAAGUAACGAAGAGGCAUUCUUGGCCAACUUCGCCAGUGGCCUUAUGAUACAGGGCGCCCAAACUUGGCGAGAGUUGGCAUUACGACUAGAGGAACUGGGCUUCCAGGCUCGAGUCAUGGCAGAGCUAUGAUGGUUUUUUAAUCCGUAUAUAGACAAUCAAUCGGUAUACUGCAGCAAUCAUCCUUAGCUGGUGAUUUUAGGAAAAGUGUAUUAGCACAUGACAUG